CAUGGGUAGUAAUAUUGGUUCUCAAAGCUCGAUACGCCUGGCUAAGGCGUGUAGCAUCUGCAGGAGGAAAAAGGUUAGAUGUGAUGGCAAUCGGCCUGUGUGUGCCUCAUGCAAAGCAUUUAAUCUACCUUGCAAGUAUGAAAACCGAGCAGGGCGGCAGAAAAACCGUCGCGACGGCGACAUGCGUGACAUUGAGAAACGCGUCGAAUCUCUGGAGGGAAGGCUACAACAACCAUCCAGAGCCAAGCGACCACGACGCGACUUAUCCAGCGAGGUCAUGUGCAGUUCCACCGACGAUUUGGAAGAUACAUCUGGUGAAGAAGCAGACCCUACAAGGCCCCGUACCUCCUGGGAUGAGGUCACCAAUACGGCCUCCCCCACACAAGCAGUCUCUCAAGUCCCUGGAGAGAUGGAAAAAGGUGACAAGAGGGCUUAUGCUAUCAAGAAUACAAAAGGCGCAAUGCGAUUCUUCGGCGCUUCUUCCCUUCUGUCCAUUGUCUCACCCGAUGGUACUUGCUCACUCGAAUCGCAGACGGGCAAUCAUUCGCUGAGAAGCAUUGCUCGUCAAAGCCGCAGCAGGUGGAGACUGGCGGACUGGUACCCGCCGUGCCUUCAACCCUCAGCCUCCUUCGAUCGGAGCGGCUCACACCCAUUACCAUCAAAGCCCUUGGUACUGGAACUAGUUGGAGAAUACUUUGACUCCUUCAAUAGCUUUACCCCCUUAUUCAAUUCCAUAAGUUUCAUGAGGCUUCUGGAUCGGCAGUUCUCCUGGAACCCAGACAAUAGUCCCUCGUGGUGGGGCGCGUUGAAUGUGGUCCUUGCUUUUGCAUACCGACAUCGCGCGGAGAAGGCCGGCGAUGGCGAAGAUGAGUGGCCUCAAUGCAUGGGUCACAUUCGAAAUGCUAUGAGUGUCACUACAGAGCUCUUUAUGCGGACCAGCGAUCUCCUCACUGUCCAGACCAUGGUUGGUCUAGCCUUGUUCUUUCAAGGCACACCGAACCCUCAGCCCUUGUUCAUGUACACAGCGGCGGCGAUACGGUUUGCUCAAUCUAUUGGUCUGCACAAAUCGAACUCUUUUGGGCUUUCCGACCUCCAAGUUGAGGAGCGACGAAGAGUCUUCUGGCUUGCAUUCGUUUUGGACGCUGACAUCUGCACACGUACGGGCCGUCCUGCGGCACAAGACAUUCGAGAUUUCGAUACCCCUUUGCCGGCAUCCUGUCCCCAUGAUGGCCUGGGGAUUAUUGAAUACCAAGAGGAGAGAGUGUCGCUGUUCUCCAUCCUGGCUCAAUUUGCACUUUUCCAGAGGAGGGCCUAUGAUAUGCUUUUCACGAAGGAAGCGCUGGAAAAGCCCAUGUCAGAGAGAGCAAGCGCCGCCAGGGCAUGCGUGGAGGAAAUCGAGCGCUGGAAGGAUAGCAUUCCCCACAGUCUGCGGCCACAGCGCAGGUUCGCACCCGAACAACAUCACCCGUUCCUUCCGCAGAUCAUUCGACUUCACUUUGCGUGCCACUGCUUCUACGUCAGCAUCUCCCGGGUCUAUUUGAUCUCGCAACAGGAACGUACACGCUCGGAAGAAGUCAAUGCCUUUUCCAGCCUGUUACUUACUAAUGAGGAAGUAACCGCAAAGUCGCUGGAGGCAGCUAGGUCGGCGGUUGAUUUGUUAUGUCAUAUUGACGAUAAUUGCUUCGGUCAAUCCUUCGAGUGGAGCGUCAUAUAUUUCCCCGCGGCAGCCGUGGUGGCGUUGUUCUCCCAGAUCAUGCUAGAACCCGAUCACGGGCUUGCCACAUUCGAUCUGCUCAUGAUCAGCCGGACCGUGGGGUUUUUGUCGAAGCUCGCCUCCCAGGAGCCGGACACUUAUGUAGACUACGUCCUCUCUGUUUGUUCGGGAUUCGAGAACGCGGCCAGGGAAGCCAUCGAGCGUGGCGGUGUCCAUGAGGUGGGCUCCGCGGGAGGGAUGAGGAAGGGGCAAUCACCCACUGGACGAGCGCCGCCUGAGCCGGAAAGGCAACCUCAAGGACCGGGCGACUUUCCCAGAGGGGACUUGGGGAUUGAGGGGAUUGGUUCAAGCGAGAUGGAUAGUUCUUAUGCUUGGAGGGGCGGUGGUGGGCUGGUGCCAUCAUCCUCAAUAUCUUUGGGCCAAGAUGUGAACCCCACGGACGACCAGCUCUCAUCCCUUCCCGCCCCACUCUUCUGGAACUGGCAGGAUAUGCUUGCUGGAGUUCCGCCGGCUUACUACUGGAAUAACCAGGACCCAUAUACUGGAUGGUGA